UCACAAGUGGGGCCUCUCCCAAAUCUCUCAGAUUCUCCACAAUUAGCUCGAGUAGUUCCUGAAUCACCCCCUGCUCCUCCCACUGUUGACAUCCCUCCACAGGAUAAAAUUAUGGCAGUGUUGUCAGAAAUUUUGAAAGAACAGAAAAAGCUGACAGAGGAGGUUAACAAAUUGAGAGGAGAGGUCCAAAGGAUUAAGAACAAAGAAGCACUCUCAAUGACCAAAGUGUCAGUAGAAGGGUCAACUAUUGAGAAGGAGUAUAUAAAUUUCCUAAAAGCCAAAUUCAGCGUAUUUCCGUGGAUCAGUUUCCAAGAUCAAGAAAUACAGGGAAUGCUGAAGGACUUUACCAGUAAAGCAGGUUGGGCAGAAAGAAGUCAUGUCCUGGGGGUUUUGUCGAGCUUUGGCUCGACAAAAUUUACUUAUUACAGGAACCAGACAAGAGCAAAGUUAAUGGGCAACAAGGAGAUUGAUGUGGAGGGACUUUCUUUAAAGUCCCUCCACAACUACCUGUGGAAGUGUUUUUUGCCACCAGCAAUUCCACUUGUGGACAUAGAGAGGGAACGCUUGACCUUAUUGCUGAGAUCUUUCUGCGCAUCACAGAAAUUGUUCCGUAAAGGAGGAACAAGUGGCUUUGCUUUCUGGGCUGAAUUCCAUAAGUUUGUGGACACCGUCAACAAGGAUGGUAGACUGGACAAGUGGGAGAAAUUGGAGGAAAAGGAGGAGAGAAGAAUUGAGAAAUAUUUAUCAUAACUUUUUAAAUUAAGAUUUUAUAAAUUCAAGUUAUUGUUUAUUGUAUAUUUGUGUAUUUCUUCUUUAAAAUCAUGUGCAGUUAUUGAUUUACUUGUUACUUUUAAAUAUAAUAUGUUUUUAUAUGUGUAUCAAAGGAACUGAAAUUUAGCACAAAAUAUAAGUAUCGACAAGUGCUAA